AUGCUUUGGGCCUUAUUAGCUGUGUCUCUACAUAAAUUGUAUGACAAUACGGAUCUCAAGAAGGCUGUUUUCAUUGCUGUCCACAUGUGUUCGAGAUCAUAUAUUGGCGAGCCUGACGACUUUGAGGUCUUGAGACUGAGGAAUUCUAAUAUAACAAUUGAAUUCACUGCAGAGCAGGACGUGCGUGUGACGAUUGAGAUGGUGAGGAGUAUAUUAGGUUUGGUUAUGUACCAAGAAGCAGCCGUGGGAACAAGAAGUAUGGAUCUUGAAGAAAUCUCGAAAGCCCAAGAACAACCCUUUCUGCAAAAGAUUAAAUCAUUGGGAAAUGAAUCUUGUAAUGGUGUUGUAAUGGUGGCCGGACAUUCGGUAUAUACGAGCAGUAGGUGUGAGAAGGUUGAUGAAGAGAAUGCUUGGUACUUACAGCCGUAUCAGAAGCGUCUGGGCCAAGCCGCAACUUUUGUUCAACAUAUACAGAAGGGAGUCGAGAUUGUUGCAAAUGAUGAUGUGGCGCUGCUUUUAUUCAGUGGGGGCGAAACCCGUAAGGAGGCUGGUCCGCGAAGUGAGGCUCAGAGUUAUUAUCGGAACAGUGGUUUGCUUUGCGGCGUGCUGGAUAUGAAUCCUCAAUUAAGAGAAAUUAUGCAAAACCCAGAAAUUCUUCAACAAUUGACCUCACCUGAGACAAUGAAGGCCAUAAACAUCGAGGGGCCUUCUCUGGACAAGAUAAUCGACUACCACACUGCAAAACUCUGGUUGGCAAAUUGAGAAGAAUGAGAAAACGGGCCCACUUAUUAUUGUCCCCGGCAAUGAAUUCAACCAUCCCCAGCUCAAGAAAAGUGCUGCAAAUGGCAUACCUUUGGAGAAAAUCGCACGAAUCAUCCCCAUUCUUAGUAGAUCGACAAUCACUUUGUUGUGUGAGAUGUCAACAUGAUUGCAUUUAAAAUUAAAGUUAGAUUUUGACCCUUUUUAAGUUGCAAUGGGAUAAGAUUUUUGAAUUUUCACAUGUUUAAAGAUGAUCAUUUUGAAUUUGCAUUUUAUCUUGAGUGAUCAAUAUCUGGGAAGUUGGAGGAGCAUGAUAGCUGCUUUGCAGAAGAUUUUUGAUACUAUUGAUGGCAUAGGCUGCAGUUUUUUUACCGUUGGAUUGAAUAUUGAUAUAAGUUGUUUUUAUUUCUGCAAA